AGGGUGUCAAGAUUAAGGAAACUUGUCUGAUGAACUUCAAACUUUGUAGAAAAAUUCUACUGGCCUUCAGAUCUAACCUCCCAACUGGAAAACUGUUUUCUCUCUGAAAGGGACAGAUAAAAAGAGAAAGAGUGUGAACUAGUUCCCUUUCUCAGCUGGAAGUUAAAAAGCAGACACAGAGACUGGAUUCCCUUCAAAGAGCAAACGAGCCAGCAUAACAGAAUGCAAGAAAGAAAUGGAGAGUGUUAACACAGAAAAAAGUCUACCCUUCAGGAUUUUUGCACUCUUGAGCUUCCUGCCACAAAAAAUGUUCAUGUUGCGAGAGGGACUUCACAAAAAGGUGUCUUUGCCCAGAUCCUGCACUCUGGUGGCACAGAAAUUAACCAGAGUCAGUAGUCAUGACACUUGCACCAGAAACCCUGGAGGUACUCAGAAGACAGAAGACAAUCAAUCCAUGGGGAUUCUUACAAAGAUUUUUGAACUCAGGUUCCAGCCUUUUCAAAAGUUGGAGAAGUUCAUACGAUUCCCAUGGGUUAACCAAGACAAGUUCCAGCAGGAGAAUGAUAAUGAGAAAGCAGAAGUCAGUGAACAAAAAGGAAUUAUUGCAAAUAUUUUGGCUCUCGGGAGUCGGCCCAUGCAACUGUGCAUGAAGAUGAUCCAAACCCUAAAUCCUUUUGACAAGUUCCAGCUGGAGAAUGGCCAAAUUCAAGAAGGAAAUGGAGGAGCCAGCAUAACAGAACGCAGUAAAGAAAUGGAGAGUGUUAACACAGAAAAAAGUCUACCCUUCAGGAUUUUUGCACUCUUGAGCUUCCUGCCACAAAAAAUGUUCAUGUUGCAAGAAAAAGUCCUGCUGAACAAUGAUAAUGAGAAAGCAGAAGUCAGUGAACACAAAGGAAUUAUUGCAAAUAUUUUGGCUCUUGGGAGUCGGCCCAUGCAGCUGUGCAAGAAGAUGAUCCAAACCUUAAAUCCUUUUGAAAGUGGGAAGGAAGAAGACAGUCAGCCCAAAGGCAUUAUUGCUAUGAUUUCUGAAGUCAUCCAACCAUGGAAGAAGAUCGUACAGACCAUAAAGGACCCGAACAAGCUUGAGAAAGAAAAUGACAAACUCCGGAAUGAACUUGGUAAUCUCCAGGAGAAAAUGAAAGAGCUUCAGAAAGAGAAUGAAUGGAGAAGGGCUCGCAAUAAAACAGAUGACAUCACUCUUGAUGCAGGAACAGCCCACCCCAACCUCUGCAUUGCUGGGGAUAAGAAGAGUUUGAAACAUGAAGCCCAACCUCAGAACAUUCUACCAAAUCCAGAGAGGUUCGAUUCGACUGUCUGUGUGUUGGGCUCUGAAGGAUUCUCCUCUGGAAAGCACUACUGGGAGGUGGAUGUCGGGAGCAGCACUGACUGGGACCUGGGGGUGGCCAUAAAAUCCAUAGAGAGAAAAGGAAAACUUUCCCUGUCCCCUAAAGAGGGAUUCUGGGCUCUGGGUCAGAGUGGAAGAGAUUACUGGGCAAAAACAGUUCCAUGGACCCGGGUCAUGAUGCAGAAAAAGCCCAAGAAAAUUGGAGUUUACCUUAGUUACCAAGAUAGGCAGGUGACCUUUUUCAGUGUAACUGACAUGUCUGUGUUGUUCACAUUUAACGAUUGUUCAUUCUCAGGAGAGGUUUAUCCAUUCUUUAAAAAUUCCCACAAAGAAACAACAAUGAGAAUUUCUUCAAUUAAAGAAGAGGAAUAAAUUUAAAAUGGCUGCGAGGCUCCUUGUUGUUGACUAAACUAAGCCAAAGCCCCUUGAUGUGUCAUGGCACUGUUGACCAAACUGAACCAAAGUAACAGAUUGCUUUGCAGCCAGAAGAAAGGUGAUGUGAAAAAUCACUGGCUAUGAAAUUAUAGUUACAUACAUUGCUAAUGCUGCAGGGGUGGCUCCCCAUAUAAAAGAAUGGGAUUGUACUGGAAUCUGUAAAACUGAGCUCUCACAAACAGAGCUAUUAACUAGAAAUGUAAUUUAUUUUCAUUGCUAACUACUAGUUUAUCUGGACAAGAUAUAUUAACAGCUAAAAGUAAGCAAAAAAUAUCCUAUAUUAUACUAAUGAGUCUGCGCUAAAUUGUAUAACCAGUCUUUGAGUAACGUAUAAAUACAGAUGGGGUAUGCACACAAUCUUGAGAAAUUUUGACCAGCUGCUCUGCUGUCUUCAGGAUUGGUUGGUAGCAUAUUGACUUUUCCAUUCUGUAUUAUGCUGUGUUAAUCUUUGCUUAAUAUUUUUCAUUAAUAAAAGUUGAUUGAUUGAGCCUAGUUA